AGCCGCGAGCGAGUCAAGCGCUCUCUCUCUCUCUCUCUCGCGUGCGCGCGCGCGGCUCAUGGGUGUCACGACCGACCGCGUUCCCGCCCACCCAGUCGUGGCGCUAUAAAAGCACUUUGCCGCUUUCCCCUCCCGACUCGGCCGACCGACAGGCGUCUGCCGCGCGGACGCACGGACUCGCGGACGGUGCGCUCCUCUGCGUUCUUCUCUUCUCCACUCGGCUCCGCGCCACUCGACGCGCGAGCGCGCGCGGGCCGAGGCGCGCGGCGGGGCGUGCGCGCGCGGCCGUCCGGCCGCCCCAUGGAGCUCCACAACCUGCUGUACGAGUCGGCGGGGCCUGGGGGCCCCUCGUGCCUCGGCGGGGGCGACAUCGGGGACGCCGAGACGUCCGUGGACCUGAGCGCCUACAUCGACCCGGCCGCCUUCAACGACGACUUCCUGGCGGAGCUCUUCCACCACCCGUCCCGGCUGCGCGCGGCGGCCGCCUACGAGCACGCGCACGGAGCCCCGCCGCACGCCUACGCCAAGAUGGACGCGGACGCCAAGGUGCUCGAGGCGGACGCGGAGGAUCCGUACCAGUACCAGUACCGGCGCGCGCGCCCGCCGGCCAUCAAGCAGGAGCCGCGCGAGGAGGACCUCCCGCCCGCCGCCGUCGCCUACGGGCGCCACGCCCGGCCCUACCUGCCGCCGCCGCCGCCGCACCUGCAGUACCAGGUGGCCCGCUGCGCGCAGACGGCGGUGCACCUGCAGCCCGGCCAGCCCACCCCGCCGCCCACCCCCGCGCCCAGCCCGCACCGCCACGCCCUCCUCCACGGGCCCCCCGAACUUCAUCCUCAUCCUCCUCCUCACCCGCACCAUCAGCCCAGGACGGCGGCGGGCAAGGCCAAGAAGCGCGUGGACAAAAGCAGCCCCGAGUACCGGCUGAGGCGCGAGCGCAACAACGUGGCCGUGCGCAAAAGUCGCGACAAGGCCAAGAUGCGCAACAUGGAGACGCAGCAGAAGGUUCUGGAGCUCAGCUCGGACAACGAGAGACUGAGGCGGCGCGUGGACCACCUCAGCCGGGAACUGGAUGCCCUGCGGGGGGUCUUCGGGCAGCAGCCGCCGCCGUUGCCGCCCGCCGCCCGCUACGGGGCGCACGCGCACAGCUGAGGAGCCCGAGAGGCCACCCACCGUGCGGCCCGCCGCUCCGUACGUGACUUUGCUUCUUCUCCUUUGGCGGCCGGCGCAAAACUGCCUCUCGCGCGUUGAUAAGACACAAAGGCAAAUCUCCUCCUCUCGCUUUGACCAAUAAAAGAUGGCGUCUCA